AAAUGGUUCGGUAAAUAUCUCUUCCUGGUAUGAAAGCGUUCUACUUGUAAACACCGGGUUAUUUUUUGGCAUUUUACAGGUUCUUCGUACAUGUGGAGUGUUUGGAGAUCAGCCAGUAGAUGCAGCGGGGCUCUGACUGCCUCCCCCUCUCACACCUGGACCCAUGUGGAAGUGAGACCUUCCCUCCGCCACAGAAACACGAAGUGAACUCCCCCGGAGCUCCUGCAGGUGUCUCCAGGAUGCGGCAGACCGUGAUCUUCUACCUGAGCUACCUGCUGGGCGUGGCUCUGAGCCUGGCCUGCCUGGUGUGUGUGUGUGUGUGGAGCGCGCGGUGGAGAGGCGGGUUCGCCUGGGACGGCUCGGGUCUGCAGUUCAACUGGCACCCCGUCCUGAUGGUGGCGGGUCUGGUGGUGCUGUACGGCAACGGAGCUGUGUUGUACCGUGUCCCUCUGACCUGGGGCCAGAAUAAACUCCCCUGGAAGCUCCUCCAUGCAGCGCUGAUGCUCCUCGCCCUGGUGCUGUCAGUCGUGGGACUUUGUGCUGUGUUUGGCUUCCACAACGCCAACAACAUCCCCAACCUGUACUCCUUACACAGCUGGAUCGGAAUCGCGGCUACAGCGCUGUUUGCCAUGCAGUGGGUGGCUGGUUUGGCUGUAUUCCUCCUGCCCUGUUCCCCCACAUCCCUCCGUAAACUGCUGAAGCCUGUCCAUGUGUGGCUGGGAGGCGGCAUCCUGUCGCUCAGCAUCGCUGCCUGCAUCUCUGGCAUCAAUGAGAAGCUCUUCUUUGUUCUAAAAGCGAGUGCUGGUGGAGCUCAGCCGUACUCCGCCCUCCCACCUGAAGCUUUGCUAGCUAAUUCAUUAGGAGUUCUGAUUGUGGCCUUCGGCUUGGUGGUCUUCUUCAUUCUGUCCAACCAGAAAUGGCAGAGACCAGACUCCAGGCCUGAGGAGCUGGCUUACACGCCUUUGCUUCAAGAAGAAAAUGAAUGAAGGGAAACUUGAAAACUGCUCACUGCAUCGGGGUAAAUUAGUCCAAUCAUGGUGGGUUACAAAUAAAAGUCUGUUGUAAUGUAGAAGCAGCAGCAGUGGAAGAAUCGCCUGUCUAUUGUGGAUGUAUAUAUUUAUUUGAAAUUAUAUUUAAAAUUGCUUCAUUGCUCAAAGAAUAAAAGAAUGUUUGUCAUGGAA